CUGACCAAAAAAUUCCCCUCUCCCAUUCAGACCCCCUAAUUCCUUUACUAACAACACCACCACCUGUCUCUUUCCUUCCUCCCACCGUCUCAGCCUUCACGCACGACGCACCGAAGCCCUCGAUGGCCACCGACUCAGCCUUCACGCACGGUGCAUCAGUUGUGUUACCCACACCAGCUGUUGUGAUUCUGUUUCAUUGUGAAAAUCAACUGAUUAUCUCCCUAGAGGUUUGUUGUUUAUUGAGAGAGCUAGUUAUGGGUAAAUCUUCUGAUAUGCACAUGAAUAAACUGUGUGAAUGGUCUAUGCAUGAGAGAGUGGCCAAAAAAAUUGAAAUGACCUGUUUUUCUCAGUUUCUUAAGGUUAAAGAGUGCUUUUCCAAAGGUAACUUCCAUUUACCAUUGUGUCCCCUAGAAGCUCUCUUGGAGGUUUAUGAUAAAGAAAAAUGUUGCUUUCGACUUGGAAAAGAGGUUAAGGAUUUUCUUUUAGAUAUGAGAUUAGAAGAUAUCUACUUCAUCACUGGACUUCCCAUAGAUGGGAUCCAGGUGUCUGGAUAUGUUACUUAUGAGGCUGUGGACUUAGUCAUGAAGCAUUUAAAUUUGAAGGAUUAUCAAGCAAGAGAUUUGCUCAGAAAAGGUACAGGCAAGGGUGCAAUCAGUAUAAAUAAAUUGCCUUUAUACUUUAAGGAAUUGCCCAGUGAUGCUUCUGAUUCUGAUGUGGAGGCCCAUGCAAAGGCUUUCAUUAUGUACCUGUUCGGAACAACACUUCUUCCCAAUCGGAAAAGGACUAUUAUGCCAGACUUUUUGGAGUUCUUAGAUUUACAAAAAAUUAAUAAAUAUGCUUGGGGAGCAGUUGUUCUUGCACACAUAAAAAAUGCUUUGGGUAAUGACAAAAAAAGUAUUUAUUGUUUCACAUGGGGCCUGAUAGUAUUUGCAUUAGAGCGGUUCCCCUUCAUAAGGAACGCAUUUGUUUUACCACCUAUACAACCCGUGUUUUUGACCUGGAUAGAUGUGGUGUACACAUACUUCAAAAACAAACACAAAAAAACAAAAGUGGAAGAUUACAUUAAAUUGUUUUCCCGGAUGAAGGAGGAGGAUGUUACUUGGAACCCAUAUGGGAGGUUGGCGCUCUCUCAGGAUGAUGUGAAUCAGUUGCGUGUGAAGUAUGUCAUGGUGCCUAUCAUUUGCUACCAAACUGUUAGUUUGAAUCGUCCCGACAUAUGCUUUAAACAACUGGAUUUGGAGGUUGUCAAUGUUUUUGCUAUUCGAAAGAUGAACAUUAUUCAGCCUAACAAAUACAAAGAUAUUAAUUGGUGUUUAUAUGAGGGUCCUAGGAAAGCAUAUAAUUAUCCAGAGUUAAAUGGUAUGUGGACAAAUAGGUUUUCCUACCUUGUCACAAAUCUUCCUAAUGGGUCCUUUGAAAGAAGCAGCAGCAUUGAUGAUGAUACACAUCUUAUUAAAUAUAGGAAGACUGCUAUAAACAGGAAGAGGAAGAGACCUGAAUAUGAAUAUCAGGUGAAGAAAAUGAUUAUACAUGGAGUCAAAAAGUUGAAAAACUCUACAUGUUCUAGCGAUGCAAUUCGAGAAGUGUUAGGACCUGAGUCGGGUUUUCGGAUUUUGGAAUUGGGACAUCCCCUUCUAGAAAGUUUGGAGGAGAGGCUUGUUUAAAGUUGAAGAAGAAACUUCUUAUUCUUGAUAUAAAUGGGGUCCUUGCAGACGUAGUAUUUGACUAUGAAUCUAAGCAUAGAAAAAUUCGACCAGACGAAACAUUUCAAAAUCAGAAGUCUCAAAAUAAAUAGUCUCAAAAUGUGGACAAAAAAACAUUUAGUGUUCAAGAGAAAGUAUUAUCUUGAGUUUUUGAAGUUCUGUUUUGAAAACUUUGUAGUGGCUAUUUGGUCCUCCAAAAAAAGAGCCAAUUGUAAGAAGUUGGUUGAUAUUUUAUUUGGAGAUAUGAAAGAGAAGUUACUUUUCAUUUGGGAUGGUUCUCACUGUACAACAACAACAUUUGAUCUACCUACUCAACACAAUAAAAAAAUUGUGUUUAAGGAUUUGAAUAAAGUUUGGGAUGAGUAUGCAAAUUUGAUGUUGAAAACACUUUGCUGGUUGACGAUUCUCCAUAUAAGGCAUUGCUUAAUUCUGUAAGUCAAUUAACAUAUUAGAAUGAGAUGUUACUAUUGUAUUUAUUUCUAGGCUAACUCAAUUUCUGAAUGUUUUUUGUAAUCAUUUUAGCCACACACAACAUUCUUCCUUCAUACAUGUAAGUCUUGGAAGAGAGAUGACAAUUCAU